GGAAUUCCUUUUUUGUUACAUACAUAUCCCACCCAUGGGCGCAGGUGUGCCUACCUGCGUUUUGGAAGUUUCAAACACGGAAGUUUUAGGACGAUCGCGGCUCAUUUUACCACUGCACCUACAGUGAGUGUGGGGGAUAAGCUGUUCUGAUUUAGCUUUCUCUUAGAAAGCCGUGCAAAAGUGAGGUGAGAUAAGCAACACAGAAAUCUGUUCUGGCAGUGAGCGUUAACAACCUAUUUGGGCUUUCAGUACCGGGUCCCAGCGGGAGUCCGACCCAAUGGCAUCCACAAGCGCCCCGGCGGAGGGAGCGGGGCUCGCGGAGAGUCUGUCGAUGCACGGCAGCACGGAGAAGCUGAGCUCCUCCGCCGUCAAUCGCAUCCUGAUGGAGUUCCUGAUUUACUUUGGGAGAGCCGUCUUCUUCUUCUACCCCGUGUAUCUGACAGGCUACAUGGGCCUCAGUAUCAGCUGGGUGCUGCUGUGCUUGGUGACGAUCACUUGGUGGAAGAAAAACCGUCAGUGGAAAGACACCCGGAUCGGAACCGCUAUUGAAUUUGUGGACAAUGAAACACAUGUGAUCAACAAGGAGCUGAAAAGUGCUUUACAAAUGGCAUCGUGGGUCCAUUUCCCUGAUGUGGAGAAAGUUCACUGGGUUAACAAGGUGCUGGAGCAGGCCUGGCCUUUCUUUGGGAUGUACAUGGAAAAGCUCCUCAAAGAAAACAUCCAGCCGGCUGUCAGGCUCUCCAGCCCCGCUCUCAAAAUGUUCACUUUCACUAAAGUCCACUUUGGACACAUCCCUCUCAGGAUCAUGGGGAUUAAAGCCUACACCGAUGAAGUGGAUCAGAAGGAGGUGGUUCUGGACAUGAAUAUAUGUUAUGAUGGUGAUGUGGACAUCGACGCUGAGGUGCAGGCGCCAAUCGUAGCUGGUGUCAAAGGACUCAAAUUCAAGGGGAUGCUGAGGGUAAUUUUGGAGCCCCUCAUUGGUCAAGUGCCAUUGGUUGGAGGAGUCACCUUUUUUUUCAUUCGGCCCCCGACCCUUGAAAUCAACUGGACUGGCAUGACCAACCUGUUGGACAGUCCUGCCUUCAGUUCGCUGUCUGAGGAGACCAUCAUAGACGUAAUUUCCUCGCUCAUGGUGUUGCCCAACCGCAUGUGUUUUCCCCUCAUAGACCAGGUCAAAGUGGACCAGAUGAGGUUCCCACUACCUCGUGGUGUGGUGAGGGUCCACCUGCUGGAGGCCAGAGACCUGUUGGCUAAGGAUACAUACAUGAUGGGUUUGGUCAAAGGCAAAUCAGACCCCUAUGCGAAACUCAGAGUCGGCAACCGACAUUUCAAAAGCAAGACCGUCAAAGAGAAUUUGCAUCCGAAAUGGAAUGAAGUGUAUGAGUUUGUCGUCCAUGAGGCCCCGGGGCAAGAGUUAGAGGUGGAGCUAUAUGAUGAGGACACAGAUAAAGAUGACUUCCUCGGAAGGUAUAACCUUGACUUUGGAGAGGUGAAGAGGGAGAAAGAGAUGGAUCAGUGGUUUCCACUGGAAGGGGUCCAGAAUGGAGAAGUUCAUCUCAAGCUCCAGUGGUUUUCCCUUAUGACUGACUCCAGUCUGCUGAGUCAGUCUGCAGAUGGCCUUGCUUGUGCGAUGCUUGCGGUGUAUCUGGACAAUGCCUCAAACCUACCAAAAGACCACAAGGAGAUCACUGAGCAUCACAAACAUGGGAAGCACUCAAAGGAAGCUCGGCUCACAAGGAAAACUGCCAGCCCCAACUCCUUUGUGGAAUUUUCCAUCGGUGAGGACGUUCAGAAAAGCAAGGUUGCGUAUGCAUCCAAAGACCCGGUGUGGGAGGAGGGCUUCACCUUUUUUGUGCAUAAUGUUAAAACACAGGAGUUAAGAGUUCAGGUCAAAGAGCAGGAGAAGAAGACUUCACUUGGCUCUCUAAACUUGCCCCUGGAUCGCCUCCUCAACACCUCCAACAUGACACUGGACCAGCGCUUCCAGCUGGAGCGCUCAGGAGCAAACAGCCAGAUCAAACUGAAGGCCACUCUCAGGAUUCUUGCUUUGGAAAAGCCUCCACCCAAGAUUAUCCUCAAUCCUCCACAAGCCAAACAACAAAAACCACAGACCAACCAAGGAAGUAAUGGCUCUGUAUCCAAUCCCUCCGUCGCUACAUCCUCCUCUCAAGCACUUUCCUCCAACAAUACCCCCGCUACCCAAGCUUCAUCUCCAACAUGGGCAGCUGAUUCCCAGAAUGGCUCUAAUAAUGAUUAUUUAGCUCACCGCCGGGGUUCCUUCCUGGCUUCUGAAACCCGGCAGUCGUCUCCUUCCACAUCCCACAUGCGUCGGUACGACUCCCACAGCCUGCUGUCGGAUAACUCCAUCGCUUCGUCACGUUUUGACCUCUCAGAGGGAGCCUCGUAUCCAGAGGCUAUUAGGAAACAUCAGGGUUCAUUUGGGGAGAUCCACCUGACUGUACGUUACGCCAACCUGAGGAACAAACUCAUCAUUCUGGUUAAUGCCUGCAGGAACUUAUUCCCCUGCAGUGACAAUGGUACAGACGCUUAUGUCCGCCUGUAUUUGCUCCCUGACCAAACCUGGAGACACCGCAAGAGGACACAAGUUAAGAGGAGAACAACAAAUCCCGUCUUCAAUGACAAGUUUGAGUUUGAUGUGUCAUUUGAGGAGGCGCAAACAAGGAAGUUGGAUGUGGCAGUGAAAAACAACAAAAUGUUCCUCACACGGGAGAGAAAGGACAUUGGCAUGGUGAUGAUAGAUCUUUCAGCGAUGGAUCUGGCCAAAGGCUCCACAGAAUGGUAUGAGCUCACUCUGCCUGGGCUGAAGAAAUCCAGCUAGUAGGUGGAAUUAUAAUGAGCAGCACUUCAGCCACUGCAAGGCAAAAUGCAGGGCUGACAAGAAAAUUGCAUAUUUAUUUGUAUUACUUAUGAUCUCUGGUCAGAUUUUGUUUUUUCCAAAUGCAGCACUAAACUCAUCUCAGAUACUGGACGUGCAUCGUAUUUAUAUGUCAAAGUGUGUAUGGUCACAGGCACAUACUGUAUUCCAAACCCCAGUCCAACUUAAGCUGGGCAUAAAGGAUUUGUUUGCAUUUCGUCUCACUUACAGAUAUCCCACAUGAUUUAAUAAAAUAUUCAGAUUAGAAUAUACUGUUCUAAAUUAUCUGGAGCAGAGCAGACAAACAGUUAUAAAUAAGACUUUCAAACAUGCUUUGGUAUCCCAGAUAAUGUUAGCAUAAGCAUUUGUAAAUAUUAGUUGGAUUGAUGGGUAGAAACCAAAUUAUUCUGAAAAAUAAUGCUAUUACUAAGCAUUUUUUCCACACACACAAAAAAUAUGUAAUUCACCAGAAAAUGUUUGUAUUUGUACUUUAUUGAUAAACAAGGUGAUGUCUUUACUUUGGAUAUUUUUUGUGAGAGGUUUGGUUUUUAACUUGAUCUAAGCCAAAUUUAUCCUUCUGUAUUUUCAUGUAAAUAGCUGUAUUUACAGUUUUAUGUAAUAUAUUAAGGGAAAUAAAGUAAAAAACAAACAAAAACAAACAAACAAACAGGUGUGUUUGUUUCAGCAGUUCACAAGAGUCAUUGCAUCGCUUUAAUACACACUGAUACCCACAUAGUCACAGCUGGAAGGUGUGGUGUGUGGGCAGUUCUGCUGGAACAGUCCUUGCUCAAGUGCACCUUGGCCACAGUUACUAAAGGAAGUAAUGAAUACAUCUUUUAAACCACCUGGUCUUUAAGUGAUCUUCUGUUUUCUUUAUUUAAAAUACACUCCCUCAACUUUUAUGAGUGGUUUACAGAAAAAAAAAUGCAUUAUAGAACUUGAUAAACAAGUUUGUAUAUCCCUGUGUAAACUAUCUGUACAGUCUUUGGUCUUGAUUAAUCCUGAGCUGCUUUAUCUGUUAUCUAUUUUAAAUUAUUGGGUAGCUGGAAAAUAUAUGAAACCUUUCCAAUUCUGGUGUUUUUGAAUUGACUGUUUAAAUUGACUGUAAAGGUUUUUUCAGCUAACAUUUUUAUUGCAAGUUUAAAUACCUUAAAGCAAAUAAAUGUUGGAUUUUUCAGUGUGAA